UGUCAUCCGUCAAAGCAAAUACAGGAAGAGGUCAUUUUUAUUGUUUUUAUUUCCUGGAUUGAAUUGUUGGAAGAGAAGACGAAGGUUGAGAUUGUUACCCUUGAGGAUUGUAAAGGUUCUCCAACAUGACGCACUGGUUUCACAGAAAUCCUUUGAAGGCCACAGCUCCUGUCUCUUUUAGCUUCUAUGGUGUGGCUGCCAGUCCUGCAGCAAAUAAAAUAUGCAAUGACUUGAAGGCAGCAAGGGCUCGACUUCUCGAAAUGUUUACAGAUCCCACAUGCAAUCCUGAAAUAAUGAAAAACGCUACUGAUUCUUACUUCUCCCUUCUGCAAGGUUUCAUAGUGUCUUUAGAUGGUACUACACAAGAAAACAAAAUGCGAUUUAUUCAGAACUUCAAAUGGACUGACACUUUGCAAGGAAACACUCCAAGUGCCCAGCAGGAUGCUGUGUUUGAACUUGUCUCAAUGACGUUUAAUGUGGGACUCUGGUACUCCAAAUUUGCUUCUAGAUUGGCUGGGAAAGAAAACAUAACAGAAACUGAAGCAAAAGAGGUUCACAAAAGCCUGAGAAUUGCGGCAGGAAUUUUCAAACAUCUAAAGGAUGCCCACAUUCCACGUCUUAUUACUCCAGCAGAAAAAGGUCGAGAUCUGGAACUUCGAGUUAUUGACACUUACAUUAUCCAAUGCCAGGCAGAAGCACAAGAAGUGACCAUUGCCAGGGCCAUUGAACUGAAACACAAUGCCAGUCUGAUAGGUGCUUUGGCAUUUGAAACUGCCAAUUUCUACAAGAAGGCUGAUCACACUCUGAACUCGCUGGAGCCAGACUACACCAGCAAAUGGAGGAAGUACUUUCAGCUCAAGCAGGCCUUCUACAUGGCCUAUGCUUACUGCUAUAAUGGGCAGAUGCUUCUAGCAAGUGACAAGUGUGGAGAAGCAGUCAGAUCUCUUCGAGAAGCCGAAAAGUAUUAUACAAAAGCAGAGUCUUUAUGUAAAGAGUACCGCCAAACCAAGGGGCCAGGAAGCACGGCUAAGCCUUCAGAACAGCUGUUCUUCACAAAACUAGGAGGUUUGAUUAAAAACACGCUGGAAAAAUGUGAAAGAGAAAAUGGUUUCAUAUAUUUCCAGAAAGUACCCCAGGACCCUCCAGAUUUGGAACUGAAGGCCAGCUAUGGACUUGUUGAGCCCAUUGCCUUUGAAUUUCCAUCUGUCAGUCCUCAGUGUACACCUGAGGUUUACGCUACAUUUGACCUGACUAAAAACCAUAAAGAUGACAAGGCAAAACCUAAACAAGAGGAAGAAGUUAAGCCAAUGAAAGAACCAGAUCUUAAGACACAAAAGGACACAGGCUGCAGUAUUUCCUAAGAGCAGAGAAGAUCUGCCAUAUCAUCAUGAUAAAAUAGUGCAAGAGAGGAGCACAUGGAUAUAUCCUGUGGCGUUAAUAUAGAAAAUGUUUUCUCAGAUUUUCCUUUUUUAAUGGCAGUCUGUGGUUCUUGCUUACAACUAAGUUGGUUUCCUUAUAAGAAGCACAAUUUCUGCAUUACUAGGUGUAUGGACAUAAUCAUCUGUUGUCACAGAAUAACCUGCAGUAAAAAACUUGGACAGUGGUUAUUGAAUUUAAAAUACAAAUUAACCCAUUUGUGAAGAUUAACUUAAUUAGGUGAAUCACCAGGUUAAGUGCAAAGGAUACAGUGCACUGUGGUACGUUGUAUACUCAUAAUCAAAUUAAAACUAAAUUACAUUGAAUUUAAAUUGGAGAAAUUUGAGGGCAGUCAGGAAAAAUGGAAUCAGCUGAUGUUACAUUUUAAUAAACAAUAAUCAUUGUGUAAUGAUUUUGUGUUGUUCAUAACAAAAUAAUUUUAGGAGUUGUACAUUUGUUGAAAUGUUGUUUCUGCAUUUUUGUACAUUUGUUCUACUGCUGUUUUCUCACUAAUGUAUUAUAGCUAGCCUUUUAGCAUAUACAGUAUGGCCUUCAUGCAAAAACUUAUUUAAUCUGUCUAUAUGCACUUGUAUUGUUUUCAAAACAUUUAAAUGAUUUAUUUGAGAAGUAUAAAAAAUAUUGACAUCCUUGUAAAUAUUAUAUUUGUUGUUGUCUUAGCACAGUCCAAUUCAGAGACUUUUUGUGGUAAAAAAAAGAUUUAUUCAGUUAUCUGGGAUGUUUAAGAAACAUUCAACCAUUAAAACCAUUCAACAUUGUCUUCAGCCUAUGGCUGCUUGAUAUGUAGUCUUAGCAGUUGUUUGGAGUUUGUGUCCAUACUGCAUGUUGGUGCCCUAAGGUGAGGAUCCCACACCAGAAUCUGAUCUCUGAAAUAAAUCCACCACAAUCCUGAUUUAUUUGAGUUAAAAAGAGGGGCGAAAACUGGAAAUGUUUUGGCCUGUCUUCAGUUUAAAGCUUCAUUUUUUUUUUUGCAAGUGAGCCAUACAACUUAAUUUUGCAUAGUAAAAGUAACCGACCAAUAUGUUAUCAUUCAUCAUAUUAAACAUUUGAUUCACCAGCAUUUAUUCUUCAGUAAUCUUCUCAUUUCUUUACAGUACCGUAUCAUCCAGUGACAUUGUAUCUGGCAUUUUAAAAGAAUUAUUGUGUGAUUGCUCUGAUCUUGUAAUUGAUCUGAUUAAUUCUACAGUCUAACUAGUGCUUUAUUAGGAUUGAAUGUUUUUUUUCCUUUAAUAGUAAAUAUUAAUUAAAUUUCUUUUGUUCUGUAAUCAUGGGAGAAGCAAAUGUCCUCAGAAACUCAAUAUGCAGGUAGUCGUAGCCAUGUUCUUCAACAUAAAGGGUAACUCUUUGCUGACAGCACCAUUCUAAAGUACCCAGUUCCCAAACAUUUUGUUUGGUUGCACACAAAGAAAGGAACAUUUUGUUAGAAACAUGUUAGGGUAUUUAGUAAGAAUACAUGAAAGCUUACAGUUGUCAGAGAUGCAUCAUAUCUUCUGUUAUGUUAAACCCUUUUUUGUUUAUCAAUUUAAUGAUGCUGUUCACUAAAAUUAAAGGGGAAUGUUCCUAUGUUUUUAAAAGGAACACAGACUGAAUGAGUGUAGUUGAAAUUUACCAACAUUUCAAAGCCAAAACAAAAACUGUUGUGGCAGAGCAAAAAAUGCAUAAAUAUGCAAACUAAUUCUGAAUAAAAUAUGUGCUGUUAUUAUAGUACACUUGUAAAUGUAGGUGAUAAUGCUGAGUCUAUACUCCUUUGCUUGUGGACUUUGUAACCACGAUUUACAAACAAGGUGCAAGCUGGUGUAGUGAAAUACUUCCAUUUUGUUAUCUAUUGACACUUUUAACUACUCUGCCAAAGAGCAUUAGACAAUGUAAAUAGAAUUUAAAAUAUAUUAUAUCCUUUUCUGACUUGUGCAAUGUUUUGUUUGUAAGAGUUAUGCAUUACCACUUUGAUCUUGUUUUUUUUUCCUGAAAGAAUCCAGACCUUUUUGUGACUUGGUCAGAAAAACACCACAAAACUGUAUUGGCAUAAUACUCAAAUAAAAUGACAAACCUAAAUGGC